GUGCUUUGUGUUUUUUUCUACAAUCUCUGUGAAUUAGUGAAAUUGAAGGAAGAAGAAGAGGAAGAAACUUAAUUUAAAGCAAAUUCUCUACUCACCAGCCUUGCCUUUUCACCAAGGGUCACUUUGAAUUUCGAGCUAUCUUUUCCUCCUCAUUCUUCUUCUUCUUCUUCUUCUUCUUCUUCUUCUUCUUCUUCUUCUUUAAACUCCAACUAAAUAAACCAACUAAUCCCUCUUGUUUUCAUCUCCAUCCACAUUCUUUUCAUAUAAAUCCUCUCUACAAACUGAUUUUCUCACAACCCCUUUUCAUCUUCCUCCUUCAAUUCAUACACAGAAUCAAGAUGACCCAGAAAAGCUCAGUAGGAAGAUCAGAGAGGGGAAAUGGUUGAAGGGUAAGAGAGAAGAAAAAGAAAAAGAGAAGGAGACAGAAAAAUUUAAGGUGGACUUUGCUUUUGGAAGAAAGGGAAGAAGAAAAAGGCUUAAACGAUAGCUUUCGUUCCUGACUUGGAAUGUGAUAUAUCGAAGGAGAGAAAAAGGGCUUUUUAUCACUACACAGCCAAAGUACUGUGUGAGUUAUCAUCAUCGAUAUGUAUAGGACAGUAACCCCACCUGCACUCCAUUCAACCUCCUUCUUCUUUUAAAGUUUAACUCAGAAACCCCAUUUUCUCUUUUUCUCUCUCUCUUAGAGUUAAAAAAAAAAAGUAUCAAGGGAAUCCACUGUGUUGUAACUUGUAACCAUAGGUCAAAAAAGGGUAUUGUGUUUGUAUAAUUAGUCUUUGUUUCAGAAAAGGAAUGAAAGUGGUAUGGAGGUGGUGGAUAUUCAAGAACAAGCCUGUAGGUUUCCACGAAUUGGAAAUGGUAGAAAUGAUUCCAACAAGUUAGGGCAAAAGGGGAUUUCACAAUACUCCCCAGAUGAUGAAGAAGACAGAGAAUUUUCGAAAAGGGUUGCUGUGGUUGCUUCUGCUACUGUUAAUCCCGCCGGACGAGUUGAACCAGGUGGAAUCGGCGGAGUUGGUGGAGGCGGUCUUCGUGGAUGGCACCACUCGUCUCGUAUUAUUAGGGUUGCUAGAGCUUCUGGUGGCAAAGAUCGACACAGUAAAGUUUGGACAUCGAAAGGGCUUCGAGAUCGACGGGUUCGGCUUUCCGUCGCCACCGCGAUUCAGUUCUACGAUCUUCAAGAUCGGCUUGGUUUCGAACAGCCCAGUAAAGCCGUUGAGUGGUUGAUCGAAGCAGCUUCUGACGCCAUCGCUGAGCUUCCAUCGCUGAAUGGCUCUUUUCCUGAAACUCCCAGGCAACUCAGCCAUGAGAAAAUGGGUAGUGAUGGGACCGACCAAGGGUUGGAUUCACCAGAAGUGGAGCUCGACGGCGACCCCAAGAAACACCAACAGAAUCAGCGGCAGCAACUUUCAUUGGCGAGGUCUGCUUGUAGUAGCACCUCAGAGACGAGCAAGGGCUCGGGCUUGUCUCUCUCCCGCUCCGAAAUCCUAGUGAAUCGAGCGAAGGCACGUGACAGAGCUAGAGAGAGAACUGCGAAAGAGAAGGAAAGAGAGCAAGAAUCUCGCGAUACCCAUUGCCUUCCCAACAACCCAUCUUUCACCGAGCUUCUCACCGGCGGUAUCAACAACAACGGCUCCGAUAACACCACCAAUCGGACGAAUUCGGCCUCGCAAAACAAUGUCGUGGAGCCGAAUUUGUUCGACAAGGCGACGGCCAUGGAUUACUUAGCUUCUUCUGGGAUUAUAGGCCAACAACAACCGUCGUCGUCUUCAUCUUCACGGCCUGGCCAUAAUCAAUCUGCGGGAUUUUCAGGACAAAUCUUUUUAGGGAGUCCACACCAAUUGCCGAUGCCGAUUCCGCCAUUCAACGUCUCGGCCGCUGAAAAUACCCAACAGGAUCGGCUUCAACAUUUCUCGUUUGUCCCAGAUAAUUUGAACGAUUAUAAUCUCAACUUCACCAUCUCUGCCGGCCUUUCAGCUGGUUGCAAUAGGGGGACCCUUCAGUCCAAUAUUUCACCGUCUCUUUUGCCUUACCUCCAGAGGUUUCCUCACUUAGACGGAUCAAACGUACCCUUUUUCAUCGGAGCUGCGUCGCCAACGACGACGGCUCCAUUACAGUUGGAAAAUCACCAUCAGUUGACACCAGCAUUGUUUGAUGGUAGCUGGCAACUCUGUUACGCUGAUGGAAGCCAUCAUUCAGAUCAAAAGGGAAAAGGAAAGAACUGAUGAGUUCUCAGAAAGCACAUUUCUUCUUCCACCCCAUUUCCAGGUUGUGAUGCUGGAAAGAUGAAGAUGGAGCAACAGAGAUGGCCCCGCCCAUCGUGAGUCCUCCAUGUUCAGAUCUACACAUUUUUAUGGUUCUGAAACACUUGCUUUUUCUUUGCUUUAUCCCAUUUUGAGUUCCUUCUUCAGCUCGCAUUGGUUCUUAUUAUGUUUUCAAGUGCUUAUGUGUAAUCUUCCACAAGCAAAUGCAUGUUUUGGUUGUAGAAAAACCAUUGCCAACAGCUUCCUUUGAGGGUAAUUCCUUUUGGCUUCCUAACAAUCCCCCAUCCCCGACAGACUUAUCUUAUUCUUUGAUCACCUCUCCUUUUUCUUAACUCUUUUAGAUGAGGAAAGUGUUUUCCAAGUUACACAUUUACAGGAUAUGUUCCCAGCUGAGAUAUUCCAUAUAAAGAUAACACGACCCCAUUAAAACAGCUUA